AUGCCCGCGGACAUACCGACCACCUCAGAACUACCAGGCUCAGAAGACAACACCACCAGCAGCGCUGAUCUUUCAACCCCCGACGAUGGAAGCAGCAGCAACAAGAAGAUUCUAAUCAUUACCCUCAGCACUGUGCUGCCGGUGGUGGCGUUGGUCCUGCUCUGCUCUCUCCUAUACUACUUCCGCUCUCGCAGGAGACACCACCAGUCCCUCAACGGCCGGAACCCCUUCUUCCGCCGCGGCGUCUCCCCCAUCGACGACGAGGAAAUAGCUACCUGGAAAGCUCCCCGUAAUGAGAAGCAUGCUUUCCAUGGAGCCACCAGCGGCGCAGACACUGACCUCGAGGCCGACUCCGCCUUCGCGAAGGAAACCGGAGUUGCAAGCAGCAGCCCCCCGAACUCUUCCCACACCAAGAACCCUUCUACAGGAUCGACGAAGAAGCCGCCAAGCGUGAUAAUCUACUCGCGUCCUUCGCUUGACCAUCCUUCACCUUACUCGGCACUCGAUAAGCUCAGCUUCGAGAAAAACCUCCCCGACACCCCCAUUCUCGCUAAAGCCCCUAAUGCGCGCAUUGGGUUGACAGAUGAGUCUGUCCCCGGCGACGAUCCUUACAUCCCGCCUCCGAAGAGACAGCCGUCACGAUUGUCGAAGGCUCCGCCCCCGUCUUACCAGCCACGAAGGAAUGGAGGGCAUGCGAGAGCAAGGAGUUCGAGGAGUAGCACGAGGAGUUUUGCCUCGGGGGGGAUAGGCAACGAUUUCUACAACAGCAACAACAUCACAUCCCCGGCGACGGCGCCCGGGUCAGAGACCGACCUCGCCAGCCCGAUGUUUGGCAUAGGAGGGCAGAGUCAAAGCCAGCCGCAGACGCCUAGGCAGUCGUGUGAGGGCCAUGUGGUGCGGCCAUCGAGGAGCUUUAGUCGCACAAGGUACCCCCAGAGGAGACAUUCGCGGGUGUAUUCUAGCUCGUCGGUGCCGCCUAGGGUGUCGUUGGGGGAUGAUGGCGUUGUGGGGGGGUUGAGCCCUCCUCCGGCUAGGGGGAGGAGUGGGACUGUUGGGGGGAAGAUUUAA